GACAACUCCAAUAUCUUUCUAAAAUAUGUGGUACCGUACCUAUCAUUCAUGUGAUUGAACCACAUCACUAUAUCAUUUUUAAUUUAGAUUUAAAUAAUUCAACUGCUACAUUCUCAUUGGUCCAUGUGGAUAAAGGUAUGGUACCUUAUGGGUACGAUAGAAUCUACCUUAAAUAAUUACUCUUGUGUUGAGAAGGGAGGGUGAGACCGAAGGACCCAAAAUGGACCUCCUAGCCUCCUAGGGCACUUUGUCCAUUUCUCUCUCUUGCCAAAUCAACAUGACCUUGUCUAUUUCUAUUUGCAUUGAAGAUUACAUUCUUUAUCAAGGUGCUCAUUUGGUGAUGUGGAAAUGCCAUGCACCAUUGUAUUGGAGGUGCCCUUAGAACAGCAAUAGUAAGUUCAAUCCCAUCUACACGCCAAGCGUGUACAUGAACGACUCGAAAACCCUCAAAUAAGGUGUCAUGGUCUCAUGGAGAGUAAUUUUGGUCCUUAAAAAGUGAACAGCGGAAACCACCCAUUAUAUUCCACUUGCUCUUUUAUUUCAUCUUCUGUUCCAUCUUUUCUUUUCAUCUACAGAGUGUUUUUUUUAAUGAAUUUGUUCUUUCUUUCCCAGUGCCCACCAUUCUGCGUGACUUCGUGUCUCUGUUUCAAAUAAGUGAACAGCUUUUUCCCCCUGUUAUAAAUACACUGUCCCUCCUCUUGUAAAACCUCUUCCAUCUCUCAUAUCACCAUCUCCCUUAAAGAUCUUAUGUAAGCUAUUAUAACUAUAAGUACUAAUCUAUCUAUAUAACCUCAUUCUUCUGCUUUCUUUUUUAAAACCCAGAUGUUCUGCUCUUGCCCUGUUUUUCUUCACUGAUAUACUCUGUUUUUCUCCUGUCCAGCCAACCUCGCAAAAGAGGCUCUCUGGUUUUCCUUACUCUGCAGCUAUCUGGGUUUUUAUAUUGAUGCUAUACAUUACAGUUACUAUUAUUAGUUUAUUACUAUUAUAUUAUUCUUGCGUUCUUAAUGUUUAAGAUUCAUGUCUCCUGUUCUUAGCGAAAUCCUCCGUUCCGGGUUUAUAAUCAGUUCCUCACUCAGAAGAAGGACCCAUCUUGUUCAAUCUUUUUCAGUCGUCUUCCUCUACUGGUUUUAUGUCUUCUCAUAAACAAAUCUAGACCCAACCCAAGAACCCAAACUAAGCUUUUUCUUAAAGGAAACUUAACCCAAGGUUUGAACUUUGAAAUCUAGUUCUCUUGUAAAUAACUAAAUAAAAUUAAAGAAGAAGAAGAAGAAGAAUGGUUUCUUCAAGUGGGAAUUCAAUGGGAAGCAUACAGAUGAAUCAGAUCUCAGGGUGGGAAGGAGGGGACUUGGAGGAGAUGAUGAAGGAGAGGAAGAGGAAGAGAAUGGAGUCGAACAGAGAAUCAGCAAAGCGGUCGAGGAUGAGGAAGCAGAAGCAUAUGGAUGAUCUGAUAGCGCAGGCCAGGCAGCUGAGGAACGAAAACACCCACAUCCUUAAACACAUCAAUCUGGCCACAGAACAUUACCUUAACGUGGAGGCAGAGAAUUCUGUUCUUAGAGCUGAGGUUAUGGAGCUUGACCACAGGCUUUCAUCCUUGACCGGAAUGCUCAGCCUGAGCAGCAGCUAUGGCGGAAUCCUUGACUUCCCAUCUGCUGAGAUUGUUCAUGGAUCUGGGAUUGAUGGUUUCAUGACUAAUCAUUUGUGGACGUGUCUGUUGAAUCAGCCCAUCAUGGCCUCUCUUGAUGCGAUGAUACAGUACUGAAUAUUGAUUGAAAGGGUCACCCUGAGUAUGAUAUGAUUUGAUUUUCUAGGGGAAGUGUUGUGUGCAAGUCUUGUUGAAAUGUUACUGAAAUGUGUUAUAAAUGGAAUAAAGGAUUGUGUUUGUCAAGUAGAUCAAUGUUUCUUUCCAAGAAUAGACGCGCAUUUGGUACGCUAAAUAAAUUUAUGGUCAUGUACUCAUGUAUGAUGGAGAGCUUAUUAUAUUCAAUAAAUUAAGUUAUUUCGUCUGUAA